GAAACUGCAGCUUCGACGGCAUCUUCGAGAUUAGGCAGUCAUGUUGCGUAUACCCUUUGCCUAUAAAAGCCCAAUUCUGCAAGGAAGCAGAAUUCACUAGCAUACAAUAAUCUCUUUAUUAGAUUUAUCUCCCAUCUUCUUUACAUUCAUUGUCUACCCCUCAGCAAUUGAAGAUGACUUCCAGCACUAGAAGGCUACAAGGAAAGGUAGCAUUGAUAACUGGUGGAGCCAGUGGGAUUGGAAAGUCCACUGCGAGGCUAUUUCUCCAACAUGGAGCCAAGGUACUUAUUACAGUUCGCCGAGAAGAUCAAGGACAAUCCUUCUGCCAAGAAUUCAACUCCCCAGAAACUAUCUCUUACGUCCUUUGUGAUAUAACUUGUGAAUCAGAUAUCAAAAACGCUGUAGAUACAGCUAUCUCCAGGUACGGGAAGCUUGAUAUAAUGUUCAACAAUGCUGGAAUUGGAGGUAACGGAGAACCUGGAAUCUUGGCUUCUACUAAUGAAAGUUUCAAGAAAUUGUUAGAUGUGAAUUUGUUUGGUGCUUUCUUGGGAGCCAAACAUGCAGCUAGAGUAAUGAUUCCAGCCAAAAAAGGCUGCAUAUUAUUCACUUCAAGUCUAGCUUCAGUGUGUUGCGUAGAUGCAUCGUUGCAUGCUUAUACAGCAUCAAAGCAUGCAGUUGUGGGGCUUGCUAAGAACUUGUGCGUGGAGUUGGGACAAUAUGGGAUUAGGGUUAAUAGUAUUUCGCCAUUUGGAGUUGCAACUCCCAUGACUACUAAUGCUUUGAACAUGGUGAAGAAGGAGGCUGAAGAGUUGAUCUCGUCAACUGGGAUUUUGAAAGAUGCUGUUUUGGAACCUGAAGAUAUUGCUCAGGCAGCCUUGUUCUUGGCCAGCGAUGAGGCUAAGUAUGUGAGUGGGAUCAAUUUGGUGAUUGAUGGAGGCUAUAGUCUUACCAACCCUUCCUUUGGAAUGGCAUUGAAAAGUAUUUUUUCUUGAGUCUCCAAAUUAAUUUGUUUGUGAAAAAUCAUUCUCUUCUGAAAUUAAAUAUUUUAUAUUUGUUUUAUUUUUCAUGUAAAAUCAUCCAUUGUUAAUUUAUUUAAUGCUUGGAUUGUUUUCUUCA